GAAGGCUUGAACGUUGCCUUGGUGACGUUAGCUGAGCGGAAGUGAUGGAGAGUGUGCUGAUGGGGAAGGGAUAGCCUCAUGGCGCUGCCUGUGUGAAGAGUUACCGAUUUUUAUCGGUGUACGCGCAAAAAAUAAACCUCGGAGGUGAUCAAAUAUCACCAAAAGAAAGCUCUAUUUGUGACUUCUGCCAAGUGAGAGCGAUCGGAAUUUAACUGGUCCCCUCUGAACUGGCUGAAUUUCAAUUCAUCUAUGAUCAGCAAAUAGACAUUCCUUUUUCAUCAAACUUAUGGAUAUACCUGACAAAAAGAUUAAAUAGAACAGGACCUAGUACAGAGCCUUGUGGUAUGCCGCUAGUGACUUGUACAAUCACACAUUCUUUGCUACCAUCCACUAUGUUUGUCCUAGUUGAAAUGGUGGACACUGUACGGACAACUCCUUGGCAGUUUGAGCGUAAACUAAAUGACUCCAUUGCAGAAGAACUAAAUAAGAAAUUGGCAAAUAAGGUUGUAUAUAAUGUGGGUCUCUGCAUCUGCCUCUUUGACAUAACUAAGCUGGAAGACUCCUAUAUUUUCCCUGGCGAUGGAGCUUCUCACACCAAAGUUCAUUUCCGAUAUGUUGUAUUCCAUCCUUUUCUUGAUGAAAUCCUGAUGGGAAAGAUCAAAGGCUGCAGCCCAGAAGGUGUACACGUGUCUCUGGGAUUUUUCGAUGAUAUCGUUAUACCUCCAGAGUCCUUGCAGCAGCCAGCUAAAUUUGAUGAGGCAGAGCAGGUUUGGGUAUGGGAGUACGAAACAGAAGAAGGAGCUCAUGAUCUGUACAUGGAUAUUGGAGAAGAUAUCAGAUUCCGUAUCGUAGACGAGACCUUCAUAGAUACAUCACCUACUGGACCAAGCUCUGCAGAUCCUUCAUCUCCCACAGAUACUGUAGAGACACAACGCAAGGAGGCGCCAUACACAUUAGUGGGUUCCAUAAGUGAGCCAGGCCUGGGCCUUCUUUCCUGGUGGACCAACAACUAACUAAACAAACAGGAAGUGGCUUUUAUAUAAAAGUACUCAACCCUUCAGAAAGUUGAGAACAUAAUGGCAUCUCUAAUGUGGGCAAAGAAGUCUUCUCCAACCAAGACACAGAGGAAAACCUGAAAAGGAUUCUGAAAAUGAGCUGAUGUUAAGAUCUGAUGUUAAAUAUGGCAUAGAACAAUCUACAUUUUGUAUUUGUAGCACUUUCAUCCAAGGUGUGGACGUACACAAAAGACUUUAAAAAUAUGAAUGUUUGAUUUUUCUUUCUUUUUUUUUUUUGCAAGUAUGAGGCGGAAAUAAAAUUACAUGAAAACUGUC